AUGAAACUCAAAAUAGAACUUGCAAAACUUGAGAGGGAGCAACAGCAAGCAGCUCUCCAAAUGAUGGAAAGAGAGGCUGCAAUCAAGAAAGAAGAACAAGAACGAGAGGCGGACCUAAAAGAACGAGAGUUGGCCCUCAAGGAACACCCUGAAGCAAGCAGUGUUGGACCUUCUCUCCACCAAAAGGUGGAGAUGCAGUGCGAGGCUGCAUCUGGCACUUGUCAACGUCUGGUGGAGUUGCAGUGCGAGGCUGCACUUGGCACUUGUCAAUGCCUGGUGGAGACGCAGUGCGAGGCUGCAUCUGGCCCUUGUCAACGUCUGGUGGAGACGCAGUGCGAGGCUGCAUCUGGCACUUGUCAACGCCUGGUGGAGACGCAGUGCGAGGCUGCAUCUGGCACUUGUCAACGUCUGGUGGAGACGCAUUGCGAGGCUGCAUCUGGCACUUGUCAACGCCUGGUGGAGACGCAGUGCGAGGAUGCAUCUGGCACUUGUCAACGUCUGGUGGAGACGCAGUGCGAGGCUGCUUCUGGCAAUUGCCAACGCCUGGUGGAGACGCAUUGCGAGGCUGCAUCUGGCAAUUGUCCACGCCUGGUGGAGACGUAG